UUUUCGGUCAUUUUUUUUUUAUAAAUCGUCAUUUCCGGAUUCCGGAUUUACCGGAUUCGUUUCGGUUUUAGUUUUGACUCUUCGUCGCUCAAACGCUUUAUAAUAGCGAGUUGUUAAAGCGUGCAAAGCACCUUGCUGACGUUGUGGGCUCGGAGCCGCCAUGGACGUCGCUACGCUAAAACGAAAGUUGGCUGCAGUCAGCAAUGAUUACGUAUCGCUGUGCUGUAGUUUGGUGUAUGAAGGAGAACCAGAUAUGCAUAAACAUAACAAGAACAACUAUAUUAUGGAGUUUGGUGUCGGGGACAUGUGGAAUGAAGUGCUUGAUGAGCUAUUACAUACCGGCACACACUCGCCGUCACUGCCGGGGAAAACAGAUGUGGUUGAGUUAUCUCUUGCGGCAAAAAACUCGAUCACUGUCUUCCACCCCCAUAUGGAUGAGGCUAUCGAGGUAGCCCAAAACCUCGACAACACUUUGAAAUAUGCGACUUUUAAAGUGAUCAAAUCUACCACAACAACAGAAUCCGAGAGUAACCCGACUAGUACUAGUAAAAGGAACGCCUUCAGUGUCCUGAUGUCGUCAGCGACCGAAUUGUCGAAAUUUGCGAAACACAAGGAUGCUACAGGGCAAAAAUUCACAGAAAAAGAUCGGAUGUGUAAUGAUGUUGUCGAUGCUUUGGCGAAAGACGAUGUAAAGUUUCCCGCCACAAUGUUUAACUAAUUAUUUAGAAAUAAUGUUAUAGCAAAAGUAUAUCAGCCAAAUUAAACUUGUUUGCUGUGAUACUUUUUAGGGAUAGAUAGAUACAGUUUGUCAUUUUUAAAUUUGUCAUUGAAACUUGAUUACCUGAUGUUUUAUUAUAUCUGUCCGUUUUCCUGUACAUUUUUGUAACAUGUUAAAUCGACAAAAUUUCUUAACAUAUCGCAAUAUGCCCCCAAAUAUUGCAAUAUGAACAUUGCUUGCAAUACCCACACUAUCAAAAAUCCAUUCCAAUUUCUCAUAUCGUGUCAUUUUCAGUUUUGUUGUGUUUUAACAUAUUUUUGUAUUUUUAUAUUUUUGUGCAAUACCCACACUAUCAAUAUCUACUAGUCCAGAUCUAAAAAAAAAUCCAUUCCAUCCAAUGUCAUUAAUAACAAUUUUCUCAUAUCGUGUCAACUUCAGUUUUUUUGUGUUUUAACAUAUUUUUGUGUUCAAUGAGAUUUCAAUUUAUUAAUUCAAGUGUUAAAUAAAAUUGUUCAAUUAUUUAAGUUAUAUAUAUAUGUGUGUGUUAUUAUUUAAACACUAGCUGGAACCCCCAGGUUGCUUGAACAUCCUGGCUAAAUGAUUCAUAUGAUAUAUGGUACAUGUACAUUUGAAAAAGACAUCAUAUCUGACACUCACCAUGCAUAUAUAUGUUACAAAGCCAGCUAGCAUUAAGCAGAGGAUGUCAGAUUAAGAACCAAAGGGUGCAUUGUUAAAGAUAAGUGGCAAUACAGUGCGCAUGCAGUAACCAAUCUACCAAGAAAAACAUCCAGGGUAAAUAUAACACAUAGACAAUCAAGUUUUCAAGUUUUUAUUCAAACUUUAGGCAUUAAGCCCAUCAGUACAAUCGGGACAAUAAAUUUGUACCUUUAACACACUACACUACAUGUCCACAUGAUGUUUCAGUUGUUUUGUAAUAUUUCACAAAAUUAUGCUAUAAAAUGUCUCAA